GUGGGCAGGGCCAGUGAGGCCAAACCCCAGGGCUUUAGAUGGGUGGCCUUAAAGCCACUGCCCAACAUCAGAGAUCCCUGGGACUACACCUUCUGACGGCAUCUGCACAGCUACAUGAUCAGGUUUUGAAACAUGUAUCCUUUUGUCUUCCUGAUCGCCCUUUGCUUGGGAAUAGCCUCAGCUACUAUAGAGCUUGAUCAAAGUUUAGAUGCACAAUGGAUUCACUGGAAGGCAACACAUGGGAAGCAAUAUGGAAUGAAUGAGGGCUGGAGGAAAGCAGUGUGGGAGAAGAAUAUGAAAAUGAUUGAACAGCACAAUCGAGAACAAAGCCAAGGGAAACACAGCUUCACGAUGGCAAUGAAUGGCUUUGGUGACAUGACCAAUGAAGAAUUCAGACACAUGAUGAAUGGCCUUAAAAUCGAGAAGGAUGAGAAAGGGAAAAUGUUUAAAAUACCUUUCUUUGCUGAUAUCUAUGUACCUGUGGACAGGAGACAGAUACCUGCUGUAAGUCCUGGUCGGUGUGCUUCUGGCUGGGCUUUUAGUGCAGCUGGUGCCCUCGAAGGACAGAUGUUCCGGAAAACUGGCAAACGUGUUUCCUUGAGUGUGCAGAACCUCCUGGACUGCUCUUGGCCUCAAGGCAAUGAGGGUUGCAAUGGUGGCCUAAUGAGCAAUGCCUUCCAGUAUGUUAGGAACAACAGAGGCCUGGACACAGAGGAAUCCUAUCCAUAUGUUGCAAGAGAUGGACCCUGCAAAUACAGGCCUGAGCAUUCUGCUGCCAAUGUCACCGCCUUCGAGAACAUCCCUCAGCAGGAGGAGGCCCUUAUGAUGGCAGUGGCAAAUAUGGGGCCCAUCUCGGCUGCUAUAGAUGCAAGCCUGGAUACCUUCCGCUUCUAUAAAGAAGGCAUUUAUUAUGAUCCAAAGUGCAGCAGUGAAGACCUGAAUCACGGUGUUCUGGUGGUUGGCUAUGGCUUUCAAGGAAAAGAAUCCGAUAACCAAAAAUAUUGGUUUGUCAAGAACAGCUGGGGCGCUGACUGGGGCAUGGACGGCUACAUAAAAAUGGCCAAAGACCGGGACAACCAUUGUGGAAUCGCCACCAUGGCUAGCUUUCCUAUCGUGUAAGAUCAUGGUGAUAAAGAAGGCCUUGAUUGGCAACAGAAUAUCCGGAAAAUGGAUUUUAUUUUAAAGUCGAUCACAUCUUAUUGUGUGGGAUAAAACACUUGAAUCACCGAAGAUCCAAGUCGUUAUUGGAUUUUGUGACCGUUCACAUUAGUGACGAAACUACUUCUUUAAUCCCUGCUCUAAUCAGUGGUGUGUGGUUAACUUGCUUAAUAGCUUUUGAAUUUCAUGUUUUAAAAGGUUGCAUGAAAGUUUUACCUUUUAAAAUAAAAUUUACUGUCAUAUGCUGA